AGGCACCGAUGGGCGGGAUAAUUCCGUAUCGGUCUGAAAGGUAACAGGUUGUACGAGCGAAGCAAUUUGGGUCCGUUCAAUAAACACAAAAAAUUACUCAAGUGGACUUAUUUCUUUAUUGAGUAACACUGAGUAUUAUUAAACGUACAGUUCACCAGACGGAGGAUCACUAAAGCGGACCAAGCAGCAAUAAAGAAAUUAGAAAAGGAUUUAGACUUCUUUGACAGCAGCAGCAUGAGCGCCCCGUCCCCGGACAGGAGGACGCCCCUGGACUACGGCGUCCAGAUCCGGUUCAUCAAGGACCUCCACGACACGGGCGGGGGCGGGGCCCGGAGCGCGGGGAAGAGCGGCGCCGGCGCCCACAAGUACGGCGUGGCGGUGCGGGUGCAGGGCAUCGCGGGGCAGCCCUACGUGGUCCUCAAGGAGGGGGAGAAGGGCGACUCGUACGGGGUGCAGCUGAGGUCCGGCUCCCCCCAGGCCUACGGCAGCCUCCCCAGGAGGAGGGAGGACGGGGGGGCCCCCGGCUCGCUGGCCGGGGAGGGGGGCGGGAGCGCCCUGCGCCGGGCCCGGUCCCACGGCUCCCUGCUGGAGGGCGAGGCCGCGGGGGACUUCUCCGAGCCCCUGGGGAGGCCCCCUGGAGACGGCCGCUCCGGCAGCUAUGGGACUCUGGACGGGGGGGUCGGGAUCGGAGGGGAGAGGGAGAGGGGGGGUGUGGAACCCCGGCCCCCGGCCGAAAGCAGGGGAGGGAGGGGCAGCUGGGGAGGGCCUCCCCAGGCUGGGGUGAACGGGUCGCUAGGGGGCGAGGGAGGGCUACAGCGGGGUAACUAUGCGCCUACAGAGCCCUUCCCAGUCCCCCCGCCCCCCAUAUCGUACGUGCAGGAUCCCCCCCAGGCUGUGGACAGAAACUCUCUGGCCCCCAUCAACAGGCUCAUCAGCAGGUUUGACGGCAGCGCUCCCGCUGGUCCCGCCGGUCCAGCUAGGGGGCGCUCCGGAGCUGGAGGGCGGAUGAAUUCGGAGGAGCACAAGCGCUCCCGCAGCGUGGACACUGGCGACAGGGCGCCGGACGCGCCGGUGGCCCCUCCCCUCCCCUCGUCCAUCUCCAACCCCUACAGCUCCCCUCCGUCGUCCUCCGCCUCCUCCUACAGCAGUCUGGGGCGGGGCUCCGGGUCCGUCGCCAGGGUGGCCGCCCUCUCUGCUCCUUCACCAGCUAGCGACUGGUCAACAGGGAGCUAUGUUGCUAGGGAGCCGCUGCCCGUCAGUCAAACAGAAACACAGGUGACGCCUGACCUGCUGCUGAUGGACCAGGGUCAAGGUUCAGAGGUCAUGACCGAAGAGGAACGAACCAAACAGGCCAUCUACAACAUCCUGAGAUUGGGGGCCAAUGAGAAUGAAUCUGCCACCAAACAGAAAGUCAACCUGGUCUUUGAGAAGAUUCAGGGCCUGAGGGUAAUGACCAACGAGGGCGCCAGUGAGGCAUGGAGGGCGGAGAAGAGGGAUCUGGAGAGGAGGCUUGCUGAGCUGCAGUCGGCUCUGAGCGUGGAGAGAAAGGGCUCAUCCAGCGCUGACCUCAAGCUGAAGGCCGAGCUGGAGGACUGUCUGGAUGAGAACCUGCAGCUGCAGGAACAGCUGGACAAGAAGACGACCGAGAUGCACCAGACACACACUGAACUGACCCAGUUGCGGAUGGACAGGGAGUCUGCAGAGUCUCGGGUUCGACAGCUGGAGGACCAACUGUCCGGCCUGCAGGAGGAACUGAAGAAGGAGUCAGAGAGCAGAGCUCAGUCAGACUCACUGCAAGCGGAUCUGAUGUCGGCGCGGGCGGAGCUGGCCGAGGCCGCCAUGCUGCGGCAGCGGCAGGAGGACGCCCUGCGGCAGCGGGAGCGGGAGCUGACCGCCCUGAAGGGGGCGCUGAAGGACGAGGUGGCCACACACGACCGGGAGAUCGAGGCUCUGAGGGAGCAGUACAGCCAGGACAUGGAGAGACUGAGGAGCAGCAUGGAGCAGGUCUCCCAGUCGCAGCAGCACAUCGAGGCCGAGCGGCAGCGGGUCAACAGCAGCAUGCGCUCCAUGCAGCAGCAGCUGGAGGACUGCAGGGAGGAGGGCGGCCACUGGAGGGAGCAGUUCCAGUCCACCCGGGAGGAGCUGCGCUCCACCAAGCAGCAGCUGCUGCAGACUCGUCUGGAGAAGGAAGAUUUUGAGGAAGAGCUGAAAGAGCUUCAGGAGAAAGUGAACGUUAUGAAGGAGCAGAUUCCUGACCCCAAGGAAACCAGUGCCCUCACACAGGAGAUGCAGACCUGCCUCGCAGACCUCAAACUGGCCCAGUCCGCGCUGGACAAGCUGAGGGUGGACUUCGACAAGAGGGGGCUGGAGAUCAUAUCCCUCAAGAAAUCCAAUCAGGAGCGGGAGGCGGAGCUGAAGUACGAGACGGACAGGCUGAAGGGCCAAUCGCGGCGGGACAAAGAGGAGCUGGCGAAGGCGCAGGAGAAAGUGAAGCAGCUGCCGGCUCCGACGGUGGUGCAGGAGCUGCAGGAGGAGCUGCUGCAGGCGCGCAGGGAGGCGCAGCGCCACCAGGAGGCGCAGGGCUGCGCGGAGCAGGAGCUGCAGGCGCAUAAGGAGCGGCUGGCCGCCGCGCAGGCCGAGCUGCACGCGCUCAGGGAGGCGCAGCAGGAGCUGCAGGACUCGGGCGCCCGGCUCAGGGAGAAGGCGGCCCGUCUGGAGGCCAGCCUGCAGUCCAGCGCCUCCCAGAGCCAGGAGGCGGAGCAGGUCCUGGAGGAGCAGAACCGGAGCCUGCGGCUGCAGCUGGAGGAGGCGCGGCGCUCCUCCGCCCGGCUGGGGCAGGAGCAGGAGGAGCUGGCCCGCCGCCUGGAGGAGAGGGAGCGGGAGAAGGAGGCUGCGCGCCGGAGCCUGACCGAGCUGGAGGAGCAGAAGAGGCUGCUGGACCGCGCCCUGGACAAGGCCAACAAGGAGAUGGAGCAGCUGUCCUCAGAGAGCCGGCAGUCUGCGCAGGCUCUGCAGGCCCAGCUGGAGGAGCAGCGGGAGCGCUCCAAGAGGGAGCUGCAGGAGGCGCAGCGGCACGGCAAGGAGCGGCAGGCCGAGCAGGAGAGAGCGCAGGCCAGCCUGCGGACGCUGCAGGAGGAGGUGUCCCGUCUGAAGAAGGAGCUGCUGGCCUGCACUGAGGAGAGGGACAACGCCCAGCUGGACAAGGACAUGCUGACCAACCGUGUGAAAAACCUGGAGGGGGAGCUGGAGAGCCAGAGGGGCUCCCAGUCCGACCGCAGCCGAGAGAUCCGGGGCCUGGAGGACAAGGUGAAGCACCUGGAGCUGGAGCUGGACGAGGAGAGGAACAGCGUGGAGCUGCUGACUGACCGCAUGACACGCAGCCGGGACCAGAUUGAUCAGUUGCGCUCUGAGCUGAUGCAGGAGAAGUCGUCCAAGCAGGACCUGGAGCUGGACAAGAUCGCCUUGGAGAGACAGAUGAAGGAGCUGAGGUCGCGCUUGGCGGACAUGGAGGGCCAGUCGCGCUCCUCUACAGGGGUUUCCCAGCUGGAGAGCAAAGUGCAGGAGCUGGAGGAGCGUCUGCGCAAUGAGGAGAGGGAGAAGAACGGCAUGCUGGCGGGGCAGCGGCGUGCUGAGAGGAAGCUGAAGGAGCUCAGCAUCACACUGGAUGAAGAGAGACAACAGCACACUGAUCAGAGAGACCAGCUGGCCCUGCGGGUGAAGGCGCUGAAGAGGCAGGUGGAUGAGGGCGAGGGGGAGAUGGAGCGUCUGGAGGGACUGCGCAGGAAGGCUGUGAGAGACAUGGAGGAGCAGCUGGAGCAGAAGGAGGCGCUGCAGGCCCGCCUCACUUCCCUGGAGGCCGAGCUCAAGCGGAAGGUACAGCAGUCACGACGCCCUGCUCUGGAUUCCUCCGCUCUGAGCUCCGAGGAAGAUGACGACGAAGACGGAUUCUAUGACCCCUCCAGCAUCACUUCCAUCUUGACUGAGAGCCAUCUGCAGACCAGCUCCUGCUAAUGAGCUGACCAGAGAGAUGGGGAGAGUGGAACAAACUAGAGUGCACACUGAGGCGACUUAAAUCAGGCACAGAGUACACUACACUGAGGCGAGUUAAAAUCAGGCACAGAGUACACUACACUGAGGGGGGAAUAAUCAGGCACAGAAUACACUACACUGAGGGGGGAAUAAUCAGGCACAGAAUACACUACACUGAGGGGGGAAUAAUCAGGCAGAGAAUACACUACACUGAGGGGGGAAUAAUCAGGCACAGAAUACAUACCGGGGGAAUAAUCAGGCACAGAAUACACUACACUGAGGGGGAAUAAUCAGGCACAGAGUACACUACACUGAGGGGAGAAUAAUCAGGCACAGAGUACACUACACUGAGGGGGGAAUAAUCAGGCACAGAGUACACUACACUGAGGGGGGAAUAAUCAGGCACAGAGUACACUACACUACACUGAGGGAGGAAUAAUCAGGCACAGAGUACACUACACUACACAGGGGGGAAUAAUCAGGUACAGAGUACACUACACUGAGGCAAGUUAAAAUUAGGCACAGAGUACACUACACUGAAGGAGGAAUAAUCAGGCACAGAGUACACUACACUGAGGGGAGAAUAAUCAGGCACAGAGUACACUACACUGAGGGGGGAAUAAUCAGGUACAGAGUACACUACACUGGGGGGAAUAAUCAGGUACAGAGUACACUACACUGAGGGGGGAAUAAUCAGGCACAGAGUACACUACACUGAGGGAGGAAUAAUCAGGUACAGAGUACACUACACUACACAGGGGGGAAUAAUCAGGUACAGAGUACACUACACUGAGGGGGGAAUAAUCAGGCACAGAGUACACUACACAGGGGGGAAUAAUCCGGUACAGAGUACACUAUACUGAGGGAGGAAUAAUCAGGUACAGAGUACACUACACUGAGGGAGGAAUAAUCAGGCACAGAGUACACUACACUGAGGGAGUGAAGGAGGGAGAGGGGAUUAAAGGUACUGAGUACACUGCAUGGAUUAAGGGUAUAUGAAGUGCACUGGAACUGUGUUUAAUUAUGCUGCAGUUGUACAGCACUUUUAGAGAGACUGAAAGGGCAGGUGGCUGGGGGAAGGCACAGUGGAUACUUCACUAAAGGAACAUUGCACUAAGGGAGAGAGAGGGAGGGGUAGAGAGAGAGAGAGAGUCCCAACACAGUUCUGACCAUCAAGAGCUGCUCCAUACUCUACAGGCUAGUAACUCUGAGGGGCAGACCUCUUGCGUAACUUGGCGUUAGCAGUGCACUCAGAGGGUCUGUACAGUAUGACUGAACCAGCAGCACACAACCUGACCACCGCCCACACUCGCUUCCAUUAGGGCAACGUAUGGAGCAGGUGUAUGUACAUUCUGUCUCUUUUGCCUUUUCUUUUUCUCCCUCUCCCUCUUUCUUUCUCUCUGUUUCUCUGUCACACGCAGCUUGUUUUGUAUCUGCCGUGUAUGAAGCGUGCUGUCUGGUUUGCCUGAAUCCGCCAUUCGGCUCAAACCGGUUCAAGCCCAGCUGUGGCCCUUGCUGUAGUUGAAAUACUGCAAGCGCAUUGAACAAUUAGGGUCAAACAAGUUGGUUCAGUAUCAUAUGCUUGUAUUUGGAUUUUUUAAACAUGUCCUUGCUUGGGAAGGUCAGGAAUGUGUUAUGAAUACAGAAUACUAUUUAGAAACUAUUAUCUGUGUACUGCGCACCGUAUUCAAGUGUUGUAGCUAAUGUAAUCUGUACAACAGGUCUUAUCACGGACUGAAAAUAGCACCGCAAGAGAGACGGCCUUGUGUUUCUCUUAUUCUGACAUAAGUGUCUGCUGUCGGCACAACACAUUCAGUAUGGAUAUCAUGUGUAUGUUUUAUAUGGAGUGUGUUAUAUACGGUUUCUGUGUCUUUUCACUUUGUCUGACGCCUGUCUUUUUUUUGAACCCUUUCUACAAGUCUAAGUACACUUUCUAUGCAUUCCUUAUAAUUCUCCUCAGUGGAACAUUUACUUGUAAAUAUAUAUUCACUCAAAUGCCUUAAGAUUAUUUUUAUAGUAAUUAUUCCAAUGUAUUUUAAAAUGAUUUUGUAAACAAUGAUGUUAUUUAAAUAGAUUCUUCGGAUGUAAAAUGAUGCUAGUUUUAAGCUGAUUGAUAAAGACUGAAAUUAUUGGACAAGAUUUAAUCAAUUGCUGCAAUAAUUUGGUUCAUUUCUCUGGAAAAAAAACUAUUUGUGCAUAUGCAAUUAUGUGAAAAGUAAUCCUUUUUUAUGUGAUUUUUAAUGAUUCUAUGCUGGAGAAAGGUACAAAAUUGUUAGAUCAGAUAAUUUCAACUGUGAAUUGGUAUUUUUGCAAUCCGUCAACUUUGUUUGCAUUUUCCUUCUUAUAAAACUCGGCAAACAAAACAAACAAAAA